GCUUUCACUAUUAAGUAAGCUUACCUUCAACUCUCUACUAGCAAAGCACGUGGAAAACGUGAUCUAGGCCGUUUGAACCCGGGUGGGGCUGAACCUAAACCCUUGGUCCACAUUAAGCGAAACAACAAGGAUACCCCCCGCUAACUGCACCGAUGACGUCGAUCCCUCCUCAUCAAACUAACUCCACCAAACACCUCGACCGCCACAAUUAAACACCAGUAAACACCUAUCCCAUCGCACUCUCUGCCAUCUAGUACACCUUUAAAGUGCACACAGUACGACACGAGAGAAAACCCUCCACCACCACAACCAUGGAAAAAACCACAACCCCACUCCUCCUCCUCACAGUCUCAGCCCUCUCAACAUACGGCCUAUACCUCUCGUACCAAAACAUAACCCGCCUCCAGCAGUACGAGCGCCAGAGCGAGAAAGCAGCCGAAUGGUCCAACACGGCAGCAAAGCGGCUGCGCAAGACGCGCACGACGCAGACGAGCGGGACACUAACGGUGAGAUCUCUCUCAGGUUCCCAUUAGCAUUAUGAAAACUGACUUGUGCUAUGUUUUGUUAUAUUAUAGCUACUCCUGUCCCUCCUGACGUCCACAACGCUCCUCGUGCGCUCACACGGCGCUUCUUCUCCGAGGGUUGUAAUCGUAGCGUCGCUGGCGAAUACGGCGAUUGCGUAUUUUGCGCGCGUGCACAUGGCGAAUUUCUGGAACGAGGCGAAUCAGACGCGCAUCCCGUUUGUGGAAAAGUUUAAUGAGGCGGUGAGGGGGAGUGAGAGGGUGGUGGGGAUACUGGGCGUGUUGAGUGCGGGGUGGGCGGCGGCUAGUGUGGCGUUUGUGGG